AUGGUGACGCCACCAACACGUGGCUACUAUUGCAUGAUGACGCCAUUGACACAUGACUCUCUUUCCCCUUCCCUUCCCUUCAUAUAUCUAAUCAAUUCAACAAUCAUAGCUACUCCAAAACAUAAACUCAUCUAUCUCUUCAACAAUAGCAUAAUGGCGGAUACUGCUAGAACCCAUCACGAUAUCACCAGCCGUGACCAGUACCCCUUGUUGGGCCGAGACCGAGACCAGUAUCCUUACGGACGAUCAGAUUACCAGACCUCCAGCCAAGACUACUCCAAGACUAGGCAGAUUGCUAAAGCUGCUACCGCAGUCACCGCUGGAGGGUCCCUUCUUGUCCUCUCCAGUCUCACCCUUGUCGGAACAGUCAUUGCUUUGACUGUUGCCACUCCUCUGCUUGUUAUCUUUAGCCCAAUCCUCGUCCCGGCUCUCAUCACCGUAGCACUUCUCAUCACUGGCUUUCUCUCCUCUGGUGGGUUUGGCAUUGCAGCUAUAACCGUCUUCUCCUGGAUCUAUAAGUACGCAACGGGAGAGCACCCACAGGGGUCAGAUAAGCUGGACAGUGCAAGGAUGAAGCUGGGAAGCAAAGCUCAGGAUAUUAAAGAUAGAGCUCAGUACUAUGGACAACAACAUACAGGUGGGGAGCAUGACCGUGACCGUACCCGUGGAACCCAUCACAAUACUACAUAAAUCACUUUCCACAAUACUACAUAAAUCACGCCAUAGUAAUGUCGAUGUCGAGGAGUCUAGUUCGUGAGGAAUAAGGUGUUUAAAUUUGAUCAGGUUGGGUAAUAAAAAGGGGAAGCCAAUAUCAUCAGUUUUUUUUUUUUUUUUUUUGUUAUAAAUAAUGUGCAAGUGUGUUUCUCUUGUCAAAUGGUACCAUGUUUUGUUGUGUUAUUCUCUUUGUGGUAUAUUGUAAACCUUUUGAUGUACUUUGUUUGCCUUGUUUGUAAGUUGUAACGUCUAUAUGGAGAAGUCUUGUUCGUCCAA